CAGAGAUCUUUCAUUUAGUGAAGAGAUUACUGAAAAUGGCAGAGGUUGAAAUCGUAUCAACAUGCUUAGUUGGAGCUUCCGGUGCACCACCGGCUGAAAGAUUAAGAAUUGAGUUGACGCCAUGGGAUCUGCAACUCCUCCUAAUUGGCUCCAUCCAGAAAGGGCUCCUCUUCCCCAAACCCACCCCUCAUCAAGAACAAAACCUCUUCAUCCACUCCACAUUAAUGGAUCACCUGAAAACCUCUCUUUCCACCACCCUCGAUUUCUUUCCUCCUCUUGCCGGCCGUUUUGUCACGGACGAGGAGAAUGAGGAGACCAACACCUCUACCGUUUUUGUCAACUGCAAUAAUGCCGGUGUCGAGUUCGUAGAAGCCAAAGCAGCCGGCGUCACCGUCAGGGCCAUUCUUGACCCGUCCAACGACGACGCUGCAAAGAUAAUCCGAUCUUUCUUUCCCCUGAACGGAACCCGCAACUGCGACGGGAUCUCCAAGCCGCUUUUGGGAGUGCAAGUAACGGAGCUUCUUGGCGGCUAUUUCAUCGGCUGCACUUUGAACCACGGCCUCGGCGACGGCGCUUCCUUCUGGAACUUCUUCCGUUCUUGGUCGGAGCUAUCACGCGGUUGCCCUCAAAUCUCGGAACCUCCCAUCCUGGACCGCUGGUUCCCGGAAAACACCACCCGCCCGGUUCGUCUCCCUAUGGCCCUCAACAAAGAAAGACUAUCUCUCGGCGGUCUGAAAACUCCGCCGGCAUACCCAGAGAGGGUAUUCCGGCUGAGCAGAGAAACCAUAGCCAAGCUCAAAGCAAAAGCGAACUCUGAAUUGGGAAUUGAAAACAACAAUUCUAUCUCCUCGCUGCAGGCAUACAUGGCCCACAUAUGGGUAUCCGUCACUCGCGCACGAGAACUCGACGGGAACGAGGAGGUUCAAAUAUCCAUUACCAUCGGAACGCGAUCGAGGGUCCCACUGCCGAAAGGGUACUGGGGAAACGCGCUUUACGUAAAGAUGGUGACGGCGAAAGCAGGGGAGCUCUUAGAGAAAGGAUUGGGUUGGGCAGCUUCGAAGCUUAAGGAAGCUGUGGAGAAGCAGGGGCACGAAGAAGUGAUGAAUGAGUAUGUGAACUGGGUGAGAUCGCCGGCGUUUCUCGGCGAGAAGAAGCUUUUCUUGACUAGUAAUACGCUGGUCAUAAGCAGCUCUCCCCGGUUCGACAUGUACGGUACGGAUUUCGGGUGGGGGAAGCCGGUUGCGGUGAGGAGCGGGAUGGCGAAUAAGUCGGACGGGAAAGUGACGCUUUUUGCCGGACCGGAAGAAGGGAGUGUGGAUAUAGAGCUCUGCAUUCUUCCCAAGACUUUAAUGGGACUGUGUAACGAUCCGGAGUUCAUGGAGUAUGUCACCAUUCCCGGAAUUUAAAACUUUCACCAGGAGACUAUCCUUUUAAAACAUUCUCAUACUACCUCCGUUCUUAAAUAAAUGCAACACUUUGACUUUUACACUAUUCACAUGUUCUACUUUGACUACGUUUUAUUUAUUAAUUUAAUAAUAUUAUUUUAUGAAAAAAAU